UUCUGACUGACAGUCGACUAGAAGCCAGUGCGCGUGCGCGAACCGUGCGUCCACGAUUCGCUCCUCGCUUGAGCGGGAAAUUCAAAAGUAGAACUUUAAAAGUUUUAUUCUUUAAACACUGAGACUGUGUACUUGUGGUGAUCUUGUGUUAAAAAGGAUAAUUUUAGGUGAUUCGGGCAUGCUGUAAGAUGGGAACGACUAGCUUAAGAUUGCUGCUGGUGGCAGCCAUCUUUAUUAUUAAUUGUAUAUCGUGGACGGCUUCAAGGCAUCAUUUCUCACACAUUCACGGUCACCGAAUAAGGCACAGGCGGCAAGGCGCAGGGCUCUUCCUUCCAUCUUCAUAUGUUAUACCGGGGGGCAUAGGCGGCGGCGCUUGGGGCGAGUGGGGCGAAGUCUCGCCGUGUUCUAGGACUUGUGGCGGUGGUGUUGCCAGCCAGAAGAGAAUAUGUUUAGAAUUCGGGUCAGAUGGACAGCCACUGUGCAGUGGCGGAGAUACGAAAUAUUUUUCCUGCCAGACUCAAGAUUGUCCUGAAAACUCAGGGGAUUUCCGAUCCGAGCAGUGCUCUGAAUACGACAAUGUGAGGUUCCGUGGACAAAAAUAUAAAUGGGUUCCCUACACGAAAGCUUUAAAUCCUUGUGAAUUGAACUGCAUGCCGCGCGGGGAGCGCUUUUACUACCGUCAACAAAAAAAGGUGGUGGACGGUACUCGAUGCAACGAAGAGUCGUUCGACGUUUGUGUAAAUGGUACUUGCCAGCCGGUGGGCUGUGACAUGAUGCUGGGGUCCAACGCACGGGAGGACAAAUGCCGUCAGUGUCGUGGGAACGGCACCAACUGCUUUACCAACAGCGGAAUCAUCGACACGCAAGAUCUCACUAAAGGUUACAAUGACAUAUUAUUAAUACCCCAAGGAGCGACCAACAUAAUCAUAGCAGAAGUAAACGCAUCGAGUAAUUAUCUCGCACUGCGAGCGAAGGAGGAUAAUACUUACUAUCUUAACGGCGAUUAUCACAUAGACUUCCCUCGAAGCACGAUAAUCGCGGGAUCUCUUUGGCACUAUGAGAGGAGCCAGCAAGGUUUCGCAGCGCCAGACAAACUGCGCUCGCUGGGACCGAUCAACGAAUCGCUUUAUUUAUCAAUUCUUCUACAAGAAGACAACGUUGGAAUUGAAUACGAGUACAGCGUGCCGUCAGCUCUGGCCCCACCUCCUAACCAGCAAUACAACUGGGUACAUGAAGAGUUCUCUCCUUGCAGCGCUACUUGCGGAGGAGGCACACAAACCCGCAAUGUGACGUGUCGGUCUCGCGAGGAACUGGACGUGGUGGACGAUAGCCUGUGCGAGGCGGGGCUGAAGCCGCCCACCAACCAGACGUGCAACACGGACGCGUGCCCGCCGCGCUGGGUCGAGGGGCCGUGGAGCCCUUGUUCGAAGCCGUGCGGAGCGGGCGGCACCCGCUCCCGACAGGUGUACUGUGAGAAGAUCGUCAUUCAGGGAAUGAAAUCGAUCACGGCUGAUAAAGAGUGCUUCGAUGUUUAUGGACCGAAACCGGAACUUUACCAGGAAUGUAAUCAAAACGCAACCUGCCCGACCUGGUUCACUGGCCCUUGGAGACCUUGCGACAAAUUGUGCGGACCAGGAAAACAGAUACGUGAAGUGGUCUGCUACCAAAAGAUAAACGGUCGAGUAGAAGUGUACGAUGACGAGGAGUGCUCUGAAGAACGACCGCCGGCGGAGAAAGCCUGCAUUUUGCACCCAUGUGACGGAGUUGACUGGGUGCUUACUGACUGGGCCGGAUGCGACACAUGCCUGUCGAAGAAACGUACGCGAUUGGCUCAAUGUGUGACAAAAGACUAUCAAGUGGUGAACUCUAGUUUCUGCAGCUACCACCCGCAGCACGUGCUGGAGGAGCCGUGCGACCCCGACCUGCUCCCCGCCUGCCAAGUGCAGUGGUACGCCACGCAAUGGAGCAAUUGCUCAGUGGAAUGCGGCAAAGGGAACAAGACGCGUCGCGUCUUCUGCGGCCUGUUCGACGGCGCGAGCGUGCGGCCCGUGGGCGACGCGCGCUGCGACGCGCUCCAGCGGUACCGCGACACCGCGCCCUGCGAGGUGCCCACCGAGCUCUGCCCCGCGAAGUGGUUCGCUGGACCCUGGUCUGAGUGUACAAAAGAAUGCGGCGGCGGAGAACAGCACCGACGUGUCACGUGUCUGAAAGGAGAAGAAAUCUCGAAAAACUGCGACGAAAAGUCGAUACUUGAGUCGACACAAGUUUGCAAUGUUGGACCAUGCGAUGAAGAUGAGAUGUUGCCUGUUGAUUCCAAAUCAACUCCAAUCAUGGAUGAUGAUGACUACGAUGAAGAAUGUCCUCCAGAAGAAGAUGAUUAUCCUGAAGCUGGUCUCGAGGUUAAAGAAGCAAAAGCAGUUACCUUCUUUGAUGAGUUCAUGUUUAGUGACACUCCUACAAUUGAGGGAUCUGGUGAAAGGACCAGCUUUUCGGAAAUUGAAACUGAAUUCACAACGGAAUCUGGAUCUGGAUUAGAAACAACAUUUAUCGAGACUGAAACAACAGAAGAAGGUAGCGGUAUCACAUUAACGGAUAUAUCAACGGAGCUUACUACAGAUAUAACAGGUUCCACCGAUAGUUCUACAACAGAUGGGUCUACUAUAACAGACACAACACUUGAAGGAUCAACAGAAUCUUCAACAAGUUCAGACACGAAAACUACAGUUACCUCAGAAUCAGAAGCAACGACAGAAUCCGGUUCAACAGAAACUGGAGAAACUGAGUCAACGUUGAGCACAGAGAAUGGUUCCACAAUUAGCGAAGGAUCCACGACAGAGGCAGGAUCUACUGUGAGCGAGGAAACUGAAAGUACAUCAGAUGCAAGUACUGAAAAUGGUGAAACUGCAUCCACCGAAUUUAGUACAACUGAGAGCUCUGGAACCGAAAGUACACAAUCGUCAGAUACCGAAGGAACUAUUUCCACGGCCGAAACAACUGAAUCUGGUUCUACAGAAGAAACUGAAACGACUUCAUCUGGCUCCACUGAAUCUAGCAUUUCUACUGAAACAUCAAGCGGAACCGACGAAACAACUGCAACUUAUUCGACUGACUCUGAAGCUUCAACAACAGAAAGUUCAUCAGAUAGUUCAACAACCGACAGUGCUACUGAAACUUCAACAACAGAAAGCGCAACAACAGAAAGCACAACAACAGAAAGCGCAACAACAGAAAGUGCAACAACAGAAAGCGCAACACCAGAAAGCGCAACAACAGACAUUUCAACCACGGAGAGUUCAACAGCAGGAAGUGGAUCAACAGAGAGUUCAUCAACUGAAGGUGGAUCUACAGAACCAUCUACAACAGAAAGCGGAUCCACAGAGGUAUCUACCCAAGAAAGUGGGCUUACAGAGGGUUCAACAGCGGAAGAGGGAUCUACGGUCUCAACGAUAUCAGCUGAAACAACAGAAAGUGGAUCAACAGUCACUGAUUUGGAAGGAACGACCGAGUCUAGCACUACAGAAUCUAGCGAUUCAAGUACGACAGCGACUGAAAUCGUUUCAACCGAAAGUACUGUAUCAGGUUCUACUGAAGCUUCGGAAAGUACUACAGAAAGCGGUACGGAAAGCACAGAUAGUUCUACAUCUGAAAUGUCCACUUCUGAAGCAACUGGCACCACAGAGGCUACAAGCGAAGGGUCAACAACUGAAGUUUCUGCAUCAGAAGAAACUUCUGAAGCAACUGGUAGCACUGAGAGUACCAGUGAAGGAAUUUCAACGACUGAAGUUUCUACUACCGAGGGCAGUACAGUUUCUGGAGAAACAGGUAGCACCGAGACCACGGCAGAAAGUGGAUCAACCACUGAAGGUGAACAAAGCACCCUCGCAGGAGGCACUACUUCAUGGGAUUGGACCUCCACCGUUGAAGUCUACACGAAAAAACCUAAGUGCAGACCAAGGAAGAAAGUUGCUAAAUGCGUUAGAAGCAAAUUUGGAUGCUGUCCAGAUAGAAAAUCACCUGCUACCGGACCUUUCGAUGAAGGCUGUCCAAACCCACAAACUUGUCAAGAAACUAAAUAUGGAUGCUGUUCUGAUAGUGUCUCCCCAGCACAAGGCGCUAACAAUAAAGGCUGUCCCAUCAUGCCCUGCAACCAAACGUUAUACGGAUGUUGCAAGUCUGAUAAUAUUACCGCAGCUCAAGGAAACGACCAAGAAGGAUGUCCACCCCCAGAACCAGCAUGCAAAUCUACUAGAUUUGGAUGUUGUAAGGAUAACGAAACUGCCAAAGGUAAAAAUAAAGAAGGUUGCCCCGAAACAGAACCUGCCACAACCGUCUCACAAAUACCUAUAUCUGAAGGUUGUGAGAAUACCAAGUUUGGUUGUUGCUAUGACAACGAGACAGAUGCGUCUGGACCAAAUGGAGAAGGAUGUCCUUGCAGUAUUAGUGAAUUUGGCUGCUGCCCUGAUGGUAUUGGCACAGCUCAAGGACCGAACCUGGAAGGUUGUGUAAUGUCAUGCAACACUUCGGCGUAUGGCUGUUGUCCUGAUGGCGAGACCCCAGCCCAUGGACCAGAGCAACAGGGCUGCUGUCUGCAGACUGCGUUUGGAUGCUGUCCGGACAAUUACAAACCUGCUGAAGGACCACACUUUGAAGGUUGUGGCUGCGUGUACGCACACUUUGGUUGCUGUCCAGACAACAAGACGAUAGCUCGAGGACCCAACAACGAGGGAUGUGGAUGUAAAUACACCGAACACGGAUGCUGUCCAGAUCGGCACACACCAGCUCAGGGUCCUGAAUUUGAAGGAUGCGGCUGUCACACUUACCAAUUUGGUUGUUGUCCCGACGGAGUUACAAUAGCUACUGGACCCAACCUACAGGACUGUUCGUGCGCUCAGUCCAAAUAUGGAUGCUGUGGGGACGAAGUUACUCCAGCUAAGGGACCCAAUGGCGCAGGCUGUGAUUGUUCAACCAGUAAAUACGGAUGCUGCCCUGACGGAGUCACCGAAGCAGCUGGCGAGAAGUUCCUCAAUUGUACUGAUGCUCCUGAAAAUAAACAAGCUGCAUGCUCUCUGGCGAACGACCGCGGUACGUGCAGGAACUUCUCUGUGCAGUAUUAUUAUGACAUGACGUACGGUGACUGUCUUCGCUUCUGGUAUGGAGGAUGCGAGGGCAAUGGAAACCGGUUCAACAGUCAGGAUGAGUGCGAGGCUGUGUGUGUGCACCCAUCGCCCAAAGACGCGUGCAACUUACCCAAGGUGAAGGGUGGUUGCCAAGGCUAUUUCGUGCGCUGGUACUACGACUCUGCGCGAGAGCAAUGCUCGCAGUUCGUUUUCGGCGGUUGCCUCGGCAAUGCCAACAAUUUCGAAUCGCUGGAGCUUUGUCAACAACAUUGUGAACCUGAGAAGACUGAGGACCAAUGCAACCUCGAAAUCUCCCGCGGCUCGUGCGCGGGUAACUUCCUGCGCUGGGGCUACGAGCCGAGCACGCGGCGCUGCUCGCAGUUUAUCUGGGGCGGCUGCGAGGGCAACGCCAACCGCUUCGGCUCCGAGGCAGCCUGCCUGCAGCGCUGCAACCCGCCCGGCGCUCCACAGAUCGCAUGCUCACUGGCACAAGACGCCGGCAACUGCUCGAAGAAGCAACCGUCGUGGUUAUUCAGUGUGUCGGAGAACAGAUGCGUGCCCUUCUAUUACUCGGGCUGCGGCGGCAACGACAACCGUUUUGACUCAGAGCAGGCCUGUUCUGAAGCCUGCCCGAGUGCUUAUGUACAAGAAAUAUGCACACUACCCGCUCUCACUGGUGAAUGCGCGGAUUACACUCAACGUUGGUUCUUCGAUACUUCCAAGAGAAGGUGUCGUCAAUUCUACUACGGCGGAUGCGGAGGCAACGCUAACAACUUCGCCAGCGAGUGGGAGUGCGAGAACCGCUGCUCAGAGCAGAUCCUCACCACUACCGUACAACCUGCCAUUCAUCAGUCUGAUUUCUGUUUCCUGGAGCUGGACCCGGGCCCGUGCACGCAGCUGGAGCAGCGCUGGGGCUACUCGGCGUCGCGCGGCGCCUGCCUGCCCUUCCAGUACGGCGGCUGCGGCGGCAACCGCAACAACUUCCCCAGCCUCGAGUACUGCCAAUACUACUGCGCGACUACGCAAGACGUUUGCCAAUUACCAAUGAUGUCGGGUCCAUGCGACGGCUCUCUUAUGCGGUGGUUCUACGACGCUGCGUCUGAUUCUUGUAGCCAGUUCACUUAUGGUGGCUGCGAGGGCAACGAUAAUAGAUUCGAAACUCGAGAUGAGUGCGAGCGUCGCUGUAGGACUGGCGCAGCACCUACCACCACCACUGCUGCUCCGAGCAUACGCAGCGAGUGCGAGGUGCUACCAGAGCUGGAGGAGUGCGAGGAGGCCGGCGAGGUGUGGUACCUGAAGCCGGGCGAGGGCUGCGUGGCGCACCGCAACCCGGCGACGGGCCGCGCUUGCCGCCACGUCGCCGUGUGGGACUCUCAGGAGGAGUGCGAGCGCUUCUGUGGCACCUUCCAGGGACUCGACGUGUGCCGGUACCCCGUGGACCCGGGCCCGUGCCGCGGGGAGCAGCCCAAGAUAUACUACGACCAGGCGAGCGACCGCUGCCUGCCGUUCACGUACAGCGGCUGCGCCGGAGGGCCCAACCGCUUCUCGACCGAGCAGGAGUGUGAGGGCGUUUGCCGACCCAAUGCUGAUCCAUGCCAGCAAGGCGCCGAGCCGGGCAACUGUUUAGGCAACGAGCUAAUGUGGUACUACGAUAUGUAUAGGAAGCAGUGCUUGCAGUUUUUGUACAGUGGAUGUAAUGGUAAUGCAAAUAGAUUCGCGACACAAGCUGAGUGCGAGAGCCGCUGCAUAGCCACCACACACACGGCCAUUCCGACCACUAACGCGACCACAACAACGACCACGACCACGACCACGACUACGACCGUGGCUGCUUCUAUAUCUGGAUCUUUGGAAUCAAGAUUCAAUAAUCCAAACCAGUGCAGCACGCCCACUUCACUAGCACCGUGCGGACGCAAUGUGUCUGCGUACUACUUUGACGACCGCACUCAAGCGUGUGUGGUCGGCGACAUGGGCGCGUGCGGCUUCAGCAACACGUACCGCUCGGAGGAGGAAUGCGAGCGGCAGUGCGGCGCCUUCCGCGGACUCGAUGUGUGCAAUUCCUAUCUUGAUCCCGGACCGUGUAUACAUGCAAUCGAGAAAGUAUAUUGGGAUGCGACGACGGGAAGCUGCCAGCCCUUCGCGUACGGCGGCUGCCUUGGUGGACCUAACCGCUUCUCCUCUUACGAGGAGUGCAUAGAGGUCUGCGGGGAUUCUGGACCCGGAAACAACGAAGUGGAGCCAGCUGACUGUUCCGAGGCCCUCGCGUCGUGCUCGUCGCUCCGCUGCGAGCACGGCGUGCAGCGGGCGCGCGACGCCUCCGGCUGCGAGCGCUGCUCGUGCGCCGCGCGCCACCCGAACUGCGCGCCGCUGCAGCAGGACUGCGAUACUUUGCAAUGCCCGUACGGAAACGAUUCAUUCGUCGACGCUGAUGGGUGCACGAGAUGCCGCUGUUUAGAUCAUCCUUGUGCGAAUAAAGAAUGUCCUGAAGGUGAACGCUGCGUAGCCUCAUCGUACAGAGACCCUAUCUCACAAGAAGUUGCUUAUUCUGCCGAAUGCAGAGUUGAAAACAAGGCAGGUUCAUGUCCAGCGGACGAACAGGCGAAGGUAGCAGAGGAACCGUGCCGGCGCGAAUGCAACGACGACGCGGACUGCCUCGGCGCGGGCAAGUGCUGCGAGCGCGCCUGCAGCCGCGUGUGCGUGCCGCCCGCCGCGCCCCCCGCCGCGCUCGCCUCCCCCGCCUCCCCCGCGCCCGCCUCGCCCUCGCCCGCCGCUACGGAGAUGAGCUUCACGCCAUACGUACCUGAGCUGCCGCACGCGCCGGUGGCGAGCGAGCAGGCGGAGCCGGAGGUGCGCGCGGCGGAGGGCGGCACGGCGCGCCUGCGCUGCCUGUUCCACGGCAACCCGCCGCCCAAGAUCACCUGGCGCCGCGGGGAGAUCACGAUCGACGGCGACGUGGGCCGCUACCGGCUGCUGUCGGACGGCGCGCUGGAGGUGGUGUCGCUGUACCGGAACGACUCCGGCGUGUACAUCUGCGUCGCCGCCAACGCGCUCGGCGUCGCCUCGCAGGAGGUCUACUUGCAUGUCGAUGAUCCGGUGAGAGGACCCGCCGGCAUCGCGGGCGUUCCCAACGCGGUCAUCGUCGGCACGAUCGGCCGCCCGCUGCACGUGCGCUGCCUCGCGUUCGGGUAUCCCAAGCCGACGAUAUACUGGUACAGAGGCAGGAACGGGCCGAUGGUGCCGUACAGUAGCUCCCUGCACGAGGCGAGGGAGAACGUGCUGCAAAUACGCAAGUUGAGCGUGGAGACGCUGGGAGAGUACUUGUGCCAAGCGUACAACGGGAUCGGAAAGCCGGCGGAGUGGUCGUUCUCGGUGACGUCACACGCGGAGGGCGCGUCGCCGCCGCCCAGCGCCGGCCCCGAGCCGCGCACGGAGCCCGCCACGCCGCCCACCACCGAGAUACAAGUACCCGUCUACACUGUGGCAGUAACAACGAGAAUCCGCAUGGAGGCGACGCGCGUGCAGGCGGGCGCCACGUUCAGCGUGCCGUGCGAGGUGGACGGCUACCCCGUGCCCGACGUCAGCUGGAGCAAGGACUCCGCGCUGCUGCAGCCCUCGGACAGGAUACAAGUCACCGAGGCGCGUGUGACGAUAUCGCAGGCGAACACGAAUGACAGCGGCUUGUACAGCUGCGAGGCGGCCAACGCCUACUCAGCUCACUCUUCCACUGUUCAGAUUACCGUUGAAGGUCUCUCCAUCCCGCCCUCGUGCAAGGACAACCCGUUCUUCGCCAACUGCAAGCUUAUUGUCCAAAACGGCUAUUGCAAUCACCGUUAUUACUCAAGUUUCUGCUGCAAGUCGUGUGUUGAAGCUGGUCAACUCGAUCCGAUGAAUUUGAACAAGCAAUCCCCCUUGGCCGACUGGCAGUAGAGGCUGAGAGCACCUGUUCGGAGCCCCAUCCUGGCAGGGCACCGCCUAGACAUAGAUAGAUAGAUAAGACAUUGAAUGUAACACAAAAUCCUAAAAUCGAAAAGAAUUUAAAGUAAAAAAAUAAAACUCACAAUAAUUUGCUUCAUAGCUUGACGCAAUGUUAUUUGUUAAUGUAAACUAACGGAGAAGCUAUAAAAAAUUUAAAUUUCCAAUCAAUUGAACACAAUAAUGUGCCACAACAAGUCGUCUCUAUAAAAAAAGCAGGAAGUAGUAAAGCGGUUAUCAGUCUGAAUUCUACACGAAAGUAGAAGUAAAUCCUAUUCACACACAUUGGGAUAUGAAUACUGUACUUAAUGUGUCAUACAAACUGACAAACUCAUGAUAAAUAUUACUGUCGUAGAGAAAUAAUUUUUUUUCGUUUUAAUUUGUUCUGUUAGAAUACGACUUUCCCUAUGAAAUGAACCUUUAUAGUUCUUCAAAAUAUGAUGUCAUCAGAAAAAUAUUAGUUGUUUUCAGUUGAGUAUGUAUUUUAUUUUAGCAAAGCUAGUGAUAAUUAACAAUUGCAAAACAGUUAUACAGUGCCAUAUUCUAGAUAUCAAUAAUAAGAAACAAUAAUUAGUUCAUUAUGAAUAAGAUUGAACGCAAUUGGAGUUAUUUUUUUCCAUGCUGUUUAAAGGUAUCUAAUUUGUUGUUAGUUAAAUAAACUAACCCUAUUUUCUCCAUUCCAGGUUUUAUCGAAUGCGUAACCUUUUUAAAUUAACACAACAUAAACAUAUAAACUACGUAUAAGCAUAACACGUGGAUGUUACAAACAGCAUUACCAAUAAAUAGACUUAAUAAUGUAGGUAGAUUAAUUUUAUGUAAAUACAUUAUUACUUACGUCACAACUAGGUAAUACUCAAAUAAUAUAAUUUUCAGUCACAAUUAUAGAGCAUAAGACAAAAUUUAUACUUUGUUUAUCAAGAAUACCGUACAAUUAUGAUACAUGGCCUUUAUGAGUUUUUUAACAUGAAACAGAAACAAAUUUGACGUAAUUUAAUCGAAAUUGUGCAAUAAGUCACGUGUAGGGCAUGUAUGAAGUACUAUGUUAUGUAGUGCUAGAAUAAAUUAUUUAUUUCAUGUGUUAAUGAAAUGCAUAAUGUUUCAUAGCAAUAAGUUUAAUAUAACUGUGAGUCAUAAUAAACUUUUUAAGGCAAUUUUUAUAAUGUUACAGUGUAAAUAUCAACAAUAAAGUUUUAAAGUGC